AGAGCUUGGGGAGGGAACCUUCUCCUGCCAGCAUGCUUGGUGAGUCUGCAGGUCAGCUGCUGGUUUUGGUGAAAUCACAGGAGAGGGGAGGUUGCUGCCUUUCACCACCAUCACCCUGAGCCAGCUCAUCCUUCUAGCUAUUUCUGUCUGCGCUUAUCUAUAGCAUCAUCCCCCUCGUGCCUGUGUACCUGCCAAGCAUUCAGAGCAGGCACUGCUGUGGCAGCCUCCUUCUUUUUCUCCAGCCUGGAGGAUAAAUGACUGGAUUGCUUUUUUUAAUUGUUUCUCUGCAUCAAGAAUUUACAGCGGGAAAGCUAAGUUGGAGAAACGCUUUCAGGAGCAGGUGGCCGGGUUGACAGAUCCCCUCUUGUUCUUAGCUCCUAGGGAGGUCCUGUAGCCUGGCCCUUGCCGGGCUCUCUUGCUGCCCCGUGCAUCGGAGCUCUUUUUGAAAGCGAUGGUUUCCUGGAGUGAGAUGUGGUCUCAGGUAAUGACAGCCAAAGUUUGGAUGCGAGAGAGAAGACCUGGAUCUGACUUGCUUGCAAGGCGACCCAGAACAGAAAGCUGAGUGCUUGGGUUGGCUGGAUUAACUGGCUCUCAUUCAGAAGGAACUUGACAGAUCUAUUUUGCUUUCGUUGAACCUCUCUACUGCAUGUCAUAAAGAUUUCCUAGGCCCAGAGGCUGCAUGGAAGACAACUGAGCAGCACAAAAAUGUGACUCUGACAAGAGACUCCAAGCUUUCUGACGAGGAAUUUUCUACUGAUCAGUUUAUAAUUUAAAUGUAUAACCGAAGCAUGCAUAAUAGUUAACCUGAUAGGGGAAGAAAAAAGAUUUCUUAUUAAUUAGGGCUGCCAAAAAAGCAGUCACCUGAAACUUCAAAAUGAGUGCUCCGUUAAUCCCAAACAAGUCAUGUUACGCCCAGCUUCAGGACAACCGCAGCGAAAUAAAAAAUAAUAAUGAAAGCAUAGUGAGUGUGGGGGAUACCAAUGCCAACCAAAUUGUGACAAAAGUUAGAACCACUGAAGGGGAUAUUAAGAAACACGAUUUGACAGAUGAGAGUGGGAAUAUACACUCUGGAGGACCAGAGAAAGUUACUCAUCUGAAUACAGAACAGAAUAAACUUCUGACCUUCAAAGACUCUCAGACUUGUCACACCGGUGUACAGGAAAGUAAGCUGCCCUCCACCACAAGCAGGGAAAUGGGGAAAGAUUGUAGGACCAGUGAAGCUAAGGAUAUAUCAAGGCAUAACAGGAUUAGCCGAGGACAAAGUCUGUCCAAUUUAAAAAGUAGCACAAAUGAUGCCAACCUGGAGGUUACUUCCAAAGGUGAUGUUGACUUCACCCAGAACUUUUCAAAGGGUAAAAUGCCCAGGACUGUGGAGAUGGAGAGAAUAAAAAGGCUUUCUUUGGGAAGACCAAGUAAAUUCUCUCCUCAAUCUGAAACAUUCGCAAAAGACUGCGUUGGCCGCGUGUCGUGUAAACGUCUGCUUUCUGCAUCAUUGGACUCCAUCGACAGGUCACACCAUUUGAUAGGAAAUACAGAGAAAUCACAAAAAACAUCCACGGAUCAUUUUCUUGGGAUGGUGUUUCAUCCACUUGACAAUACCUCAGAGGAAAAUACUGUAUUUUAUUCCAAACCAUCUACCUCAGGGAACAAGAAAAUAAGUAAACCAGAAAACGUACCAAAUGUUAACGUUGAAAGCACACUGCAUACUUCUCAUUCUCAACAUUCAGCUGUUAAGCCCAAUGAGAUUGCUAGUAAAUCAGAAGCACAAUUAGGUCAGGGUAAUAAAAGUAAAAAACUGGAGCUUAAGACUGCACCAUCCCUACAAUCUAAACCUGUGUGUCAACAGAAGAUUGAGAGAAUUAUGCUGGUGGAGUUCCUGGGAUGUUCAAAAGAUGAAAAUACAGCAAUGCAGGAACAGAAAGGCUCUGGGUCUGAUGCAUCAAAAUUUCAAGCAUCCCAUUUUCAAGACACCUGUAAUAAAGUAGAGGAUCCAUUGUCAAGCCAGGUGGUAACCUAUCCUGAUGACAAAUUGCUAAGUGAUAACGUCACCAUCGGUGGGGAAGGGAGAGGAAGCAAUGACAGUGGCAACAGGGCAACUAGCCAGGCUGGUGAGGAAUAUUUUACUGACGAAGAAGUGGAAACAGUAUUCCCGCUCACCUGCAGUAGUAAAUCCAGUGGCAAAGUGACACCUAGAAAAAAUGAAAAUUUACAUGAAGUUGACGCAGGUUGCGCUGAAACAGUUGGUGAACAGAUAUGUCUUACACAUAAUACUAAUCUACCUGACAGCAAACCUUUGAAAGCUAAUGAGAAUAAACUGACGCUAGUCAAAGGAAGCACUGAGGAUGCUGCUGUGCCUUCUUCUGAUCUCUCAGAUCAGCAUGGAGUGCGCAGUGCAGAGACGGUGUCAAACCGACAACCUGACAACCACGACAGUGAUGCGGAAACCUUGGACUUUUCAGUUCCAAGUAAAAAGACAGCUAAUGCACAGAAACAUCUUCCAGAGGAAGCACCAGAGAGCUGUGAAGCGCCAGAAAGCUAUAAUGUUUCGGCAAAGGCUGAUGCCUUUUUAUGUGUCCCAACGCCUGUGCGCCCGGUGGCAACACUGGAUGUUAAUAGUCAGCCCACGCUAUCAAACAGUAAUUUGAAGGACCUUUAUGCACUUCAUGUUGACAAACUGUCACCUUCCUCAGUCCUACCUCCCAUUGACGGUACGCAGUUAUUAAACGUAUCCCCUAAAGUGCCUAUCAAGACUGCUUGCAGCAGUGCCAUCCCCAAACCUAUCCUGGUCCACUCCAAGGGCUCCUUCACAGAUAAGGCGGGUGUGGAGAGUGACUGCAGUGAAAAGCUGGAAGAAAGUGUCGAGAUGAAACCUGCCAUACCCAGGCCCAAACCCGUGAGACCUAAAAUCAUCACAUAUAUUAGGAGAAACCCUCGUUCGAUAGAGCAGCUCGACCCUUCGUUUGCACCGGCAGGGCUGCCCUUUGGUAGCCCUGCGUGUGGCAUGCCCAUCUCUACGGAGCAGAAGGUAUCCAACGGAGGGGAGGCGAAGCCCACCAGCAUCCUGUACGACAAAUUUAAACCUGACCUCCAGAAGCCAAGACUCUUCAGUUCUGGACUGGUGGUGUCAGGAAUCAGGCCCCCUGGCCAUCACUUCGGUCCGAUGAGCGAGAAGUUUCUGCAGGAGGUUGGGGAAAGACCUGCGAAAGAUGAAUUUUGCCCUCCAUCCUAUACUCACUACGAGGUCCCACCAAGUUUUUAUCGAUCUGCCAUGAUACUCAAGCCACAGUUAGGACUGGGUGCAGUGUCCAGGUUACCAUCUGCAAAGAGCAGGAUUCUCAUUGCAAGUCAAAGAUCCUCAGGUAGCUGUCUCCAUCAGCAAGGAGAAAUAACGAGUGCUCCCAGCCUCUAUCAUCCUGAUGCUUCAGUUGAUCUUAAGAAAGUCUCAUGUCCAAGUGCUGCAAAAUCAAAUCUCCCCAAGCCCUGCCAGUCUGGACUUCGUCCUCCAGGUUAUUCACGGUUGCCAGCAGCUAAGCUGGCUGCAUUUGGUUUUGUGAGGAGCUCAAGCGUAUCCUCUGUCUCCAGCAACCAGUCAAACGACAGUGCUCAGAGUGAUCAAAGCAGGACAACCAACCGUUCCAGCUUUGGAAAUGAAGAGCAAACCACUCCUAAGGUAUCUGCACCUUCUAAAGAUGUCCCCAAGGGGAGCAGCAAGAGCACGACGCAGGUAUUGAGCAGCACAGCACCUCCACGCAGGAGCUUACUUCCAGCACCGAAAACAGCCACAGCACCUGCUGGUCUGAAGAAAGAAGUACAAAAAGAUCAGGAUGCUAACAGACCAGCUGUCUCAUCCCCGAAGAGAUCAGCGGUAACAGCCACCAAGCUCCAUUCACCAGGACAUACCAAGCAAAGGCCAGCCACCCCAAAGAAUGGAUUCUCCCCCAAACCAGGAGAGAGUCGAGACGCUGAAAAGCAGUUCAUUCAGAGGUUGAAGGAAAAGUGUGAUGAGCAGUCCCAGCAAUUAAGCAAUAUUCGAGAUGAACUUAAAAGGGCCAGCUGUGGCUUUGAUGUCUUUGCUAUAACAACACAGCACUUUUUCAGGCAGAAUGAAAAUGCCCUUGUGAAAAUAAAGGAGUUAGGAGUCGAGCUUGCAAAGAUCAGGAAUGAAGUUGCCCUCAACACAGUGAGAUGGAAGAAACUACAGAGCGAGAAGGAGGAGCUGGAGAGAUGCUUCGAGGAGGAGGUGAAGCAGCUUUGCAGGCGGCAGCAGGAGGAACUGCAGGUGCUGGAGCAGCGGCUGCAGGAGGAAUACAACACCAAGAAGGAGAGCCUGCAGGAACAGCACCGGCUGCAGCUGGAGCAAGUCCAAUUGCAGCAUCAGGAUCAGGUGGAAGAUAUCACAGCUGUGCACGAAGCUGCGAUGUUACAAUUGGAAAAUAACCACUUAGUCGCCAUUACAGUACUGCAGGAUGAGAAUGACUGCAAGAUUCAAGAACUGACUACUGCUCACAAACUGGAAAAGGCACAAUUAGAAGAGAAUUUUGAAAAACUGCGGCUGUCACUCCAGGACCAGAUAGACACCCUCACCUUCCAGAACCAAUCUCUUAAGGCCAAAGCAGACCGAUUUGAAGAGGCUCUGAAGAAAAACACCGAGGAACAACUGAAGAUUGAACGAACUCCAUAUCUGCACUUAGAAAAAGAUCUGAAGAGCUUAAAACAUGUUCUGGAAAUGAAGAACCAUCAGAUUCACGAACAGGAGAAGAUGAUUAUGAAGCUAGAAAAACAGGCUGAAAAAAAUUUAAAACUGGAAGAAAAAAUCACCAUGCUGCAACAGCAGAAUGAAGAACUCAGAGCCAGGAUUGAGCAAAAUACUGUCAUAACAAGGCAAUUGUCAGAGGAGAACGCCAAUCUUCAAGAGUAUGUUGAGAAAGAAGUGGAGGAGAAGAAGAAGCUGAGCAGGACUAACGAAGAGCUCCUCUGGAAGCUGCAAGAGGGAGAUGCUGUGAGCCCCGUGAAACUCCCACCCACAUCGUCCACUUCUUUUUAUCGCUGCUCGUCAGGGAACUCCUCUCCGGCAAAAGUCAGAACCUUGCGGCGAUGAUUCGGCACCUGCGUGCCAAAAGUCCCCUGCCUUUUACGCAUUUCCAGUCUGCUAAAUGUUGCCAUCCAAGGAAGUAUUACCAUCAACAGGCACCCAGGGUUCAUGGCUGCAAGCAUGCUCGGUAGCUGCAUAGCUUUACACUAGGCAGGGUACUCUUAUAGUCCCCAUGUAGGAGCUCCUGGUUCUGACACGUUGAUUAGGGUAGCAAAAACAUAGCAAAAAGAUAGGACAGCAGAAAGUUAGGAUAGCAAAACGUUUAGUUUGAUGUGUUAACAUUUUAACUAUGGUUAGAGCCAAAAGAUGGAAAAUACUAUAUUAAUGGUUCAUCAGAAUGAACUUUUGCUGCAGUAUUUCAGGUUAGUUACAAAUACAGUUCAAGUUGUGAAUAUUUCUGUAUAUGUGUCUGUGUUUAUAUACAUGUACGUAUUGUACCUUUAUACCUAUAUAUAUAGACGCACACACAUAUAUAUGUAGUUGAAGAUGUUCUGAAUUGCAUUUUUUUAUAUUAUUGGAUACUACUAAGUGCUGAUAUAUUUUCAUUACAGUCAGCAGUUUUCUAACUCGUGCCUAAGACUUGUAUCUAAAUGAAAUGCAUUUCUGUUUAGCCUCCCAGGAAUAUUUAUACCCAACCUAGAAGAAAGUUACACAGAAUUAGAAGCGCCUUCCAAAUGACCACCAAGUGGUACUCUAUGUAACGUGAACACCAGCGACUUUGAAAUUCUGAGACAGUACUGCCUUUGAAACCAUCACCUUUGCAUUGAACACCAGAAAAGAUAUGCAUACCAUUCACUGCUUUUUAACUCUUAGCAUCGAUAUUGUAAGUGGAGAUAGGCUAGAGAUGAGAAACCUGAGGGUUUUAGCAAAUUUGAUAGAGGUUACUGGGUAACGUGUUUCAAUUUUAGUGUCUUUAAAUCCUAGUUAGAUCUUCUCUUGUUUUACCUUGUCCUGGUUUGGAUACAAUCAGAACCUCUGGUUGUAGGUUCCUGUCCAUUUUGAUUUAUUUCAAGUCCCGUAAGCAAGAAGGAGAAAAUAAGUUGUUCAUCCUUGACCUUUGCUGGCCAAGACGUUUCCAGUAUUAGGAUGAGAUACCAGGCACGUGCUAGGGCUCUAGCCUCCUCCCACCUGAAACACCAAAUAGAGCACAGAGGACUACAUGGGCGCAAAUGAGGUCAGAAUUUCUUUCCUUCCACAUAUAUAUUAUUUCACAUUGCUAAAGCUUACCCAAAGUUACGGAGCACUUUUAAGAUUCGUGGAAAAGAGCAGCUAAACUACCUUUAACUUCCCUGCCUAGAAGCAAAAAAAUUCACCCAGGCUCAGGGUGACCCCCCCCACCCGAGGGGGUGGUGAGGCCGAGGAGCGGCUCUGGUGGGACACUGCUAGCAAGAAAAAAAAAAAAAAAAAUCUCUGAGCAUAAUUAAAAAAACAAAAAGAGAUCUGUGGGAUGCUUUUCUAUCCAGCUUGCAUGCAUUCCUGCUCUGAACACGGGGGGUCAGAGUAAGUGGGAGACGGUGGGUGCAGCAAACCCCUGGGGUGCGGGAGCAGCUUUCCUACCCGGGUGUGCGGUGGCACCGGCACACCCGGCGUGAGCGGAGGUGGGAUUGCACAGCCCUGCCGUACUGCUCGGAUGUGAGCUGUGCUUCAGCUUUCCUGGGAAGUACUCAGGAUUCACAGACUGCAGCUUAGAUACAGCUUCAAUCACCAUCAAAGCACCUGUGGCCUGCUCCACAGCUUUUCAAAAAAACAAGGUGAUUUUUUUUUUUUUCUCCUUUUUAGAGAAAUUUAUUUUUGUAGCAGCUUUUGCAUGAUACUGUGAUACUGAGUAAAUUGAGCAUCUUGUUAGAAUAGAUCAUGGCACACCAACUACUACUGUUGAAAUGCAUUACUAGAUUUUAGUGUGUCCAGCAAGUACAACCUGAAAGUAAGAUAGAUACCUAGCGCACACAUGCACACAAAGCCCCUUCUUGCCAAGUACGAUUUUAAUCUCUUUCAUACUUGCUAAAUGCACAAAUAUCUGCAAUACCUACUGCAUUGUCAUGUUUCAUCCCACCAAUACAAUUCUGAUACAAUGAGAUCAUAGGAUGAAUUGGGUUAGAAGCGACCUUAAAGAUCAGGUAGUUCCAACCCCCCUGCCAUGGGCAGGGACACCUUCCACUAGACCAGGUUGCUCAAAGCCCCAUCCAACCUGGCCUUGAACACUGCCAGGGAUGGGGCAUCCACAACCUCUCUGGGCAACCUGUUCCAGUGCCUCACCACCCUCAUUGUAAAGAAUUUCUUCCUCAUGUCCAAUCUAAACCUAUUCUCUUUUAGUUUAAAACCGUUGCCUCUUGCAACGACACCACGCUAAACCUACUAGAGCAUAUUACUGGCUUGGGACGGUCUGGCUGAGCCCAUCCUUUUUUAAUUUAUUCAUUCUUUCCCUCUAUUUCUGGUGCUUUCCUUAUCACAUUGUUGGUUUAAAUGCAUAUGCAAGAGCUGCUUCCAGCAGUGAAUUGGGAGUGGGGCUUUUACGGUGGGAAAACUGGGACUGAUCCCAGCUCCACCAUCAUUUGGUAUCAUUGCCAAUUCCUUUCCCAUCUAAUUUUUGCCUCCCAAUCCUGCCCUCUCGCUGGAUUCUUCCUUGGCAUGGCCUCUGGGGCCUGCCUGAUCGCUAGCAAAGCUGCAGGAAGUUUUGCCUGACCAGAAAGGACCCAGCAACCCAUCCCUGUGGGGGUGUGAAGGGUGGUUCCUUCUGGUGCAAGCCCAGAAACAUGGACUUUUUCCCCCAAAAAAGUUAUUCCUUCUUCCCGCUCUUCCUCCGUCCUUUCCCUCCUUGCCUCUGCGUGCCGGAGGAGGUGUGAAACAAAAUCCCAGCUCACUCCAGCCCUGGGAAGAAGGGAGCAGCCCCUGAGCGGGGCAGUUGUUCCCAUGGGAUGAAGACCCCCCCGUGUGCAUUGCAGGGAGCUGCGACCGCGUGAGGCGAGCCUGGCAUCCCCAGCGGUGUGGGGACACAUCCCUAAUCCUUGCUCCUUGGCCGUCCCUGCUCAAAGGCAAGCAAGGAGAAGCUUUUGCUUUCAGGAGGUUGGAGACGUCCCGAAAGCCGUGGCGCCCGUGGGGGCUUUCCCAUUCGGCAGGGUAGGGUGGCCUUUGGCAGCCAGCGCUAAGCAGAAAAGGGUUUUUAUUGCCCGUGUCUCUAAAAAAGCAGCAGUUUGAUUCGGUUAAUCUUUAAUCAACACAGAAGGCUGCAGCGCCAAUAAAACCAGCCUGCAGCUGCUCUGAAGGGGCUCCAGAGCCUGGCACUGGGAGCGAGUGGGAUGGCAGGAGAGCCAGCAGCGAGCAGGGGGGCACGGAGAGCUGGGAGAGCUGGAGGAAAGCUCCAUUUUUCUGCCAGAAAGCACCGUUUGGCCCCAUUGGGACAGCACCUCCUGUGGCUGCUGGCACAGAGGGGUUAACUCGGCAGAUGCACAGUGGCAAAGACUUCUGGUGGUGGCAGGCGGGGAGGGCGGGAGGAAAGGAAAAACUAUCAAGUGCAAAAAUCAGGUAUUUUACGUCUCUGCACUGAUGGUGGUUGUGUCCCAUGGACACGCUGAGGAGCCUCUGUACAGUUUCCCACGCAGCAGUUCUGUGGUCCCGUUUACUAUGUGGCUAAUGAUUACAGGAAGAGUUUGUAUUAUUUCAGUUAUGAUGUACAGAUAAGUGUAAUAUAUUCCUGAUAAUAAAUAUAUGCGCCAGCACACACAUGGGCUGGUGCAUACGAA